UAUAACAAGAGAUAGAUUCACAUUAAUAACAUUACUCAAAAUGAUUUUUCAUGCUGUUACAAGGUUUCUUGUUCCAAUUUUUGCGUUACUCGUGGCCGCGGUUUUUAACAUCGGGGACCCCAGAACUUCAACAUGUGUAGUUCAUUAUCUGCUCUCUCGCUUAAAAAACAGUUAUAUGAACUGAACAAAAGCGCAACUGAAGGUUUUUCAGCGGGGUUGGUUGAUGAGGACAAUAUUUUCAAAUGGCGAGUGCUUAUCAUUGGUCCACCAGAUACUCUUUAUGAGGGUGGUUGUUUUCAUGCAGAGCUGGACUUUCCACAAGACUACCCCGAGCGCCCUCCUAAAAUGCGGUUCGUAACUGAUAUCUGGCAUCCAAAUAUUGCUCAGGACGGAGAUGUUUGUAUUUCCAUUCUUCAUCACCCCGGAAAAGAUCUGUGGGGCUACGAAAGGCCCGAGGAAAGAUGGCUUCCUGUGCAUACCGUAGAAACAAUUAUUACUUCUGUUAUUUCGAUGCUUGCUGAGCCUAAUCCUGACAGCCCUGCCAAUGUUGAUGCAGCUAAGGAGUUCAGGGAAGAUUUUGCGGAGUUCAAGAGAAAAGUUUGUCGGUGUGUAAGGAUGAGCCAAGAACGUCUUGAAUGAAUUAAAUUAAUCUAAUUGCUUUAUCAUUAUACAUCAGCCAUCGUUAUGAAAAUAUUUCUACAUCAAACCCAGUCCUUGGUCGUAACAUUAUACAACCUAAUUAUACCUAACUUUAAAGAGACAAUCCUAAAUGCUUAUGUAAUGCUUGUCGAGUCUUACCAUACAUUUGGCCAGAUUCGAUGUGACGUGGUGCUUAGUUAUGUUAGUAUUCACUACUAAGAUUGUCGUUGCUAUUUGGUUAUAACGUGCUAUUUGGUUUUGUU